AUGAUUGGAAGAACGAAAACUCGACCUUCUCUUCAGAACUCAAAGAGAGAUCCUCAUUCAUUGAAAAGCAUAAGAGAAAAGGCACAUCAAAAAAACAGCAAAUGUGAGGUUAUUGGACUACAAACUUUUUUUUAUGACGAAGAUAAUGAACGACUAAGACAAAAGAAAUUAGAAUAUCUCUUUAGUCAAUUAAUUCGUUAUGUACCACAAUUUAAUAAAGAAGCACAAAGUGCAUUGGAACAUAUGUUACAAAGUGUACUUUAUGCUAUGAAAUAUGAACCUACAUUAAGAAUAGGUUUUGAGCCUUGUCAAUACGAUUCUGUAAUUAAUACAACUAUGAUAACAGAAAUGCAAAAAAUUAUUCAAUCACAAGAAGAAAUAAUUGGUAAAUUAACAGAGUUAACUGAACGUUUCAACAAAUCACGUCUGACUCGAUUUAGUGUCAGUGCACCAAGCUGUGAUCUUUCUGCUAUUGGAAAUGAAUCUCUUGUUGAUACACAAAUUAAAAUACCUGAUAUACUUGAUUAUUGUUCACAAUAUAUGAUGACUACAAAUCAUGUUCUUGAUUAUGUUGCUAAUGCAAAUGCUCAAUUAGAUAGAACAAUAAUUACUUCAGGUGAUUUUACUGUGUAUGAAGAUCUUUUAAAUGCAAUUAAUUAA